AUGACGUGUCGACGGUGGAACGAAGUGACGCGGAACGUGCCUGCGAUGUGCCUGGGAGCGAGUGGCGGCGGCGCGGCUGCUAACCAGGCUCCGUACUUGACGUUUGAGCGCCAGGCCUCGCGAAUGAUCCUCCGCACGCGCGCCCUGCGCCACCUCACCGUGAUCUCGCCCCCCGCACCGCCUGCUAGCGUUGGAGGGCCUACUGACGGCGCCGCUGGAGCUUCUGCAGCGCUCCCCCCGCCCCGACAUCCGCGGGAGUUCAUCUUUGAGGCGUGGAUGCGCCACGUCGGACCGUCUCUCCACUCCCUCACUCUCUCCCGCGCACCUCCCGCCGUUACUUCCCUUAAGCGCCUUCGAGACGGUUGCGCCAGCGGUGGCAACGGCGGCGGCGACGGGAGCGUGGUGGUGAACCUGUGGGAGGAGGAGGACGCGAGUCUUCAUCUAGCUCACAUUUCCCGCCACUGCACCAGCCUGCGCUCGCUCUCAUUGGGCCACGUGUCACUCUCAGCACCAACCCUGCUCGCCACUCUCCAGCCCAUGCCGGCCCUGCAGCACCUCUCGCUCUCAUGGCUCCAUUCGUCCCCCGCCGCGCUUCACGCUGUGCUAGAAGCAACUCCGAACCUCCGCCAGCUCACGAUUUUCAUGGCGUCGGGUUUCCCUCACCUAGAACUGCGUCUUCCCCCGUCCCUGCAGCACCUUUCUCUCUCCUACAUUCGCGCGGACUCCGUAACAAUUCACUCCGCGCGCUCUCUCCAACACCUCUCUCACCGCGACAUGUUUCUCGGUGCGCUAUCCAUACGUGACGCGCCGAACCUGCGCCAACUCUCUGUUGCCUCGGCAAACAGCCUGCUACUCUCCGCGCCUCACUCCAAUCAACUCGUGUCGAUCGACCUUCGAGCGGGCUCGCUCAACUGGGCAGCCAUUGAAACCCUGAUUUCGUCCAAUUCGGCGCUCGAGUCGCUCUCCCUCGACUUUUUUGCGACCAGCAGCUCGGGUCUGCCCUCGGUUUCGUCGCUGCCCUGGCUCGCACGAAACUGCCCGGGUUUGAGAAGUUUGCGGUUGGGCACGCUGGCGUGGCAGAAUAUGGUUGACUCAGCUGUGGUGUCGGGUCUUCUACAGUCACCGGGAAAAAGUGAAGCAUCUGGUGAUGGCUGUUUGUGGCCUCGGGUAGAAGUGCUUACUGUGAGAAUUGCGGAAAAGACACCCGAAGGCCUGCUUCUGCUUCAUUCCAUUCUCUGUAACAUCCCCACACUGAUGGGCCUUCAUGUGACUGUAGAGGGGGAGGAGGACGAGGAAGAGGAGGACGAGGAAGAGGAUGAAUCGGAGUAUGAUGGAGAUUAUGAUGCUACUGACACCAAUGAGGAUGAGGAAGAUGAGGAGGGAUACCUCAUUCACAGGGAUACUAACUACUACUCACACUCUCCCGCCCAACUUUCUGUCGCACACGCCUUUUCUGGUCUAACUGAGCCUAACACUGCACUGGCCAGAUUCACUCAGCCUGUGGGUUACUGCUUUGAACUGACUGCAGCAGAGAGACAGCACCAGCUGUUUUUGAAGGGCCUGGACUGCCUCCAAAGGCGGUUUGGAUGCUUCUACGUAACCUCCCCUCUGCUUGAAAGGAGGAAGACCUAUUGA